UGUCGUCCGUGUGUAAGAUGGAUACAACACAUGCAGUUGCAACGUCCUCUUCAGUAUUAAUAUUUUAUAGAAAUUAUUUUAUUGUUCCUCACUCCAUUUGAACUUAAAUUAAGUAUUCAGUUUUGACACAAUCAUGAUAUAAAAAUUAAUAAUAAUUUUGACCUUUCCUUCAAAGGGGUGAGUAUGUUAGAUAUGUCGGUAAACGAAAUGGAUGUCUCACUGGAGUCCAAUGCAUCUGAAUCAACUAAUUUUAGAAAUAGCCAUCAUUCUGUUAGAAUACUUGAAAAAUUACAAUCUUUACGCAAAUUGGAAACAGAUGAUGGAACAAUAGUAUUUGGGCAUAAGAAUAUUUUAGUAGCAGCUAGCCCAUAUUUUUGUUCAAUGUUUAGUACUUUUAAUGAGAGUGAUAAAGACCUAGUUAAUAUGAGAGAGUUCGAUUCUGACGUCUUACAACUAUUAGUAGAUUAUAUUUACACUGGUGAAAUUAUGGUUACAAGUGAAAAUGUUCAGGUAUUACUUCCAGCUGCAAAUAUCUUACAAUUAGACUAUGUAAAAAGUGCAUGUGCUAAGUAUUUAAAAACACAACUGGAUCCUUCAAAUUGUAUUGGUAUCAAAGCAUUUGCUGAUUUACAUAACUGUACAAAAUUGAUGUCAAGUUCUGAAGCAUUCAUUCAUAAACAGUUUUUAGAAGUGGUUAAAUGUGAUGAGUUCCUAUAUUUAUCUGUUGAAAAAGUGAUUCAGCUUAUCUCCUGUGAUGACCUUGCUGUUCCAUUUGAAGAAAAAUUAUUUGAAUGUGUUAUUAAUUGGGUAAAAUAUGAUUUGAAUUCGAGAAAAGAUUUUUUGCCAGAAUUAAUGGAACAUAUACGUUUGCCAUUAAUAGCAUCAAAGCCAGAUAUAUUAAAAAAUGUAGUUGAAGAACCUCUUCUUAAAAAUAAUCCCAAAUGUAACAAAUUUGUAUUAGAAGCUUUACAUUUUUAUCUACAAAAGUCAACUCAGCAUUUCACCAUUUCUCAUUCGGUUCGGUAUAAACCUCGACAGUUUGGCAGUUUAAAUAAAGUCAUUCUAAUGUUCUACUGGUCUGACACACUUCCAAAGUGUUAUACAGAAUGGUAUGAUCCAGCAAACAACAUACGGAGGAGUGCACCAGAAAUUAAUGACUGUCGUAGGAAAGCUGGUAUAGGCGUCAUAAGAAAUCAAUUUGUUUUUGUUAUGGGAGGCGUGAAUAGCUCAAGUUCUAAAUCUGUUAGUAUGCUUGAUGUAUCUUCACCCUCGCCAUAUUGGAUACCGAUGGUCAACAUGUUGGUUAGCCGAGCCUAUUUAGGAGUUGGUGUACUAGACGAUUAUAUAUAUGCAGUUGGUGGAUUUGAUGGUUUUGUUCCAGUAAAUAAUGCUGAGGUGUUUGAUAUCAGUACUCAAAAAUGGAGAAUGAUAGCUAGUAUGACUACUAAUAGAAGCCUUUUUGGUAUUGGUGUACUAAAUGGUUGUUUAUAUGCGGUAGGAGGUUUUGAUGGUUAUGAUAGUUUGAAGUCUGUCGAAAGUUAUGAACCCUCAAUUGACACAUGGACACCAGUUGGAGAACUAUCUGUAUGCCGUGAUAGUUUUAGUAUUGGGGUCAUGGACGGAGUUAUGUAUGUCAUCGGUGGUAUUGAUGGAUCUGAAAAUCUUAAAAGUGUCGAGGCAUAUAAACCAAGUGAUGGAGUAUGGUAUUUUAUUGCCGAUAUGCAUUUAUGUCGAAAAAAUUCAGGAGUAGUGACAUUAGAUGGUUUAUUAUAUGUUAUUGGUGGAGAAUCUGAAGAAUCAGUUGUCAAUACUAUGGAAGUAUACAACCCUAAAACCAAUACCUGGUCCAUGGGAACAUUGUCAAGAAAUGACAAUGAUGUCAUUAAUGCCAAAGUUUAUAGUGGAGUAGUCAUUAAUAGGCCACCACAUUUUAUAACUGAUUAAAAUAUAACUUUAUUAUAUUACACACUCCUCAAUACUAUCACUGCAAAAAAUAGUUAAACUAUUAUAAAUAGGUAUAAUUCAUUAUUUUCUUACCCUAAUUAGUAGUAACCACCCAUAUUUAAAAAAAAAAUAGGAAUAAUGAAGUUAUAUUAGUUUUGUUUUAUAUG